ACCAACAAAAAAGUAAUAGCACUCCAGGACGCCAUAUUCAGACAUUGGCUUUUGGAUUUGCUCUGCUACUAUAGCUUUUGAUUUUUCGACAUUUCAAUACUCUGCAGCGGCAAAUAACAACGCAAAUGCACUAGCCUCGCCAAAAAGCAAGAAGGCGCAGAUCACGUGAGAGAACUGACCCGGAUGCGCGCUAUCACAACACUUUUGCUUUGUGGUUUAGUCCCGUGAAAACGACGAGCGCUAGGAGGCACGCAGCAAAGCGCUUUCGGCUCUAUAGCUGAGUAGGAAAAUCAUGCACUUCGUCAAAGAUUUCGGCUCUCCAAACUGCAGCAGCCACUGCGGCAUGAGUACAGAACAGAAAGGAGAAUUUGAAGUUGUGGCAAUACUGAGGAUCAUCAUGGCAUCUAUGAGCAUCAUGGGGGCAUUCUCGAUCGUAUAUUCAGCCAUCCGCAGAAGAACAGCAUGCAAUCCAAAGGUGCACCCAAUAUUCAUCUUGUCCAUCGUGGACACAAUGCUGAGUGUCAUGUGGAUAACAGGCUCUGUGGUGUGGCUGGGGAAUGGUUUUGAGAUUGCUCGCAUUGGCUGCUUUAUCAUCAAUCUUCUAACAGUGAUACUCCAAUGUGUUUCAAUGAAUGUGACCCUAAUCUACGCCCUUCUGGCCUACUCCAGUAUCAGACAGAAAGAUUUCAGUGAAUCAUAUUAUGUUGUACAGGGAAAGCAGACAUACGUCCAUGUUUGGCCACCUCAGUGCUCAUUCACCGCCUACUGCAUAGCUGUGACUCUGCCGGGUUUACUGUUACUGACAUCUUUCAGCAUACUCUCUGUCAAGUUUAAAUUAGUCUCUGAUGCAAAGAUUUACUCAUGCUGGUGUCUGCCCUUCUAUGGAAAUGUUCUCCCACGACCUGCACUGGGCUAUGAUACCAAUACUACAGACAGGAAUCACUAUUUGCACCAUCUUCAUUAUUAUGUAGCUUCUUACUCUGUUCUCCUUGCGGUCAACUUUGCCGUUGUGUUCCUUUCUAUGACACUGAGCUACUGCAAAGUGCUCCAUCACAUCAAACGUAUGAGACUCAGACAAGAGAGGAAUGAACAUUCUGCUGCAUAUAGAGCCACCCAGGCUAUGGUUCUUGAAGGACAAUAUGAUGCAAAAAAGAGGGUGUUGCUCUUCAUCUCCAUAUACUUUGUUACUGGAAUUACAACUUUCAUUCUUGGAAUAGUCGGGAUUGUGAUAGUCAUCACAGAUUACCAUACAAACUAUUCAUGUGCCAAAAAGGACGAUCACAAAGUUAUGACUGGCAUCUACAUAUUUCUGCUUUUUGAGGCAGGACUAGUCCCACUGCAAGGAUUCCUGAAUGCUGUGGCCUAUGGCUGGACUCGUGGGGAUUUUCUAAGUGUCAUGUCCACCCAACACAACCUGAGCAACCCUCUCAGACUCACAGCCCCACUCUUAUGGCUCAGUCACAGACUGAUGUGAGGAGAGAUGACUGAAGACGAUGAGACUGAGGUAUCUCAGAGGCCCAUCUCGUUCAUCUGCAUGAUACCAAAAGACGAGGGAGUGACUUGUUGAGAAGAGACACUGCCAUUACACCAGGGACACACCAGACUAGCACACAAUAGUUAGGUUU